UUUCGCCUCUUGAUUUCCCCAUUAUAAUUCUCUUCCUCUUCCUCCAAUCAUUCACCUUCUCUCUCUGCCUCAUCAAUGGCUUUAUCUCAAAAGUCACAACUCUUGUUUUGCUCUCUCCUCUUCAUCUUCUUCUCCCAAUCUCUGUCCUUCAAUCGUAGCCGUCCAAAUAAAGAUGAUGAUAUCCAUGAUCUCCUUCCUUCCUACAACCUUCCAAAGGGACUUCUCCCAAACAAUGUGAAAUCCUACACUCUUUCUCCUAAAGACAAUUCCUUUACAGUCCAACUCACACACCCUUGUUAUGUACAGUUCCAAGAUCAACUUGUUUACUACCAAAAAGAAAUCAGAGGGAAAAUGAGUUAUGGACAGGUUUCUGAUGUCUCUGGAAUCCAAGCUAAGAAGUUGUUCGUGUGGGUCCCUGUAACAGGGAUUAAUGUUGAUGAGGAGUCUCAUAUGAUUGAAUUCCAUGUUGGGUUUUUGUCUGAGAAGUUGCCUGCUAAGGAUUUUGAGACUAUUCCCACUUGUAAGAAUAAUAGGUGCCAAGAUUCUCUCCUUUCUUCAAUAUGAUGAGGACGAACGGAGCUCUGAGGCUUGUGAAGAAUGAAAUAUUGAUUUUGCUUAAGAAAUAGUAAAUGUUACCUGUAUGUGGAGUCUAUGUACUAUUCUAAAGUUUUCACAUUCACAGAAAUUGGAAUGUAUAGUUCAUGUUAUCACACCAGAGGAAAUCUUCCUUAAUAGAAACAGAAGAAGGGACUUCUAUGCUCUAUCUUUGGUGUUUGUUCUUCUUAGUUCAA